CUCGCCGCACGCGGGGCUCAGGGUGAUGAGCCCCUCUGGCCAAGGUCCGCCAGCAAGAGAUGCGGGACCUUGCAGGGCUCGCCGUCCCAACUGCAAGGGAAGGCGGCUUCGGCGGGCCGCCCGGCCAGGGGGGUUCCAGCACGGCUCACUGCGCUCACAAAGUAGGGGGUCAGGGAGCCCACCACGGUCAAUGCCCGCCCUCCUUCAGACACGUGCCCAAGGGACUUCAAGGGAGCUGCCCGUCCCAAAGAUGGCUGCCGCCCCCUCAAACGCGGCGGCCGCAGAGGCAGCAAUGGAAGUGCCCCUCACAAACAUGGCCGCCGCCGGCCCGCUACGUACAGCGCCCACUGUGUUGGGUCACCUGCCCGAAGACUCCGGGCUGUGAUUGGUCGAGCCUGUGGUGACGUCAGACGCCACAGCGCGGGCCGCGGGCCGGAGGGUUGCCGCAGCGCAGGGAAGCGUUGGGCCGGAGCGAGGGGCUUGGCGGCGUUGCUGGGGCGGCCCUGCGCUUCUCCCACCCAUGAGGAGCCGGAAGCUCACAGGGGGAGUGCGGUCCUCGGCGCGCCUGAGAGCCCGGAGCUGCGCGGCCAGGUUGGCCUCUGCCCAGGAAGCGGGGAUCGCCCCGUCCACCAGGCCGGUAUGUCAGACUUCCGCGUCACACAAAGCCGCAGACAGGCGGACUUCCAAGAAGUUCAAGUGUGACCGAGGGCAUCUUGUGAAAUCCGAACUACAGAAACUGGUCCCCAAGAGUGAGGUCGCCCCCCUGCCCCGCACGUCCCCGGAGGCCACUCGCAAGGACGAGCCCCUGGAGCUGGCCGACGGCAGCCCGGCAGCCCCAGGGGAGGAAGCCGGCGUCUGCGCCACGCGGGAGACCACGGGCCUGCCCUUCGGGCACGGCCGAGUCGUGCGUGACGCUGGCCCAACGGGCACAGAAGACGGCCUGCCCGCCGCCCUUCCGGGCCCCGGGCUGAACAGCAGCCCCCCUGCGGGGGGCGGGUCCGCGCAGGGGGCCGAGCCGGCCCAGACGCCGCCGCUGCACCUGGACAGCAGUGUCUUCCUGGACGACGACAGCAACCAGCCGAUGCCGGUGAGCAGGUUCUUCGGCAACGUGGAGCUGAUGCAGGACCUCCCGCCGGCGACUUCAUCUUGCCCUUCGGUGAGCAGACGCGAGUUCAGGAAGAUGCAUUUCAGAGCCAAGGAGGACGAGGACGAGGACGAGGACGCGGAGAUGUAGGGAACGGGACGUGCGCGCCGACCUCGCGCCUGCGCGGCGCAGUUAACGUUGGCCGUGGAGCGGAUUACGGACUCGUCAAACGUGUCCCCGAGAGGAGUGCCCCGAGUCACACUUCCGGGGGCGGCGGCUCCCCUGCAGCGGAAACUGGUCUGCACCGGCCCGUCUUCCUUCUGCACGGUCCCAGUCCCGGUCCCGGUCCCGGUCCCGGGGGAGGGUGCGGGGCGGCCGGGGCUGGCUGGCUGGCCGAGACGACCCCGUAGAGAACCUGCUCUUCGCUUAAGCUCUUUAGUUUUGACGACGCUCGAGCCCGGUUUCCUCGGUGGGAAUUCGAUCCUUCUCGUGAUCGACUCAGUGACAGUUCUUAAAGAACGCGCCUUCCUUUCUGUAUAUGAAGCUGACGUUUAUCUUGGAGAUUUUGCAAGAAACAUAUAGGAAAAAUAAAGUAUAUUUUGAAAAUA